AUGAUGAUUGAAUCUAAUCAAGAGGCCCUGAAGUCUGAUCAGGAGGCCAUGAAGUCUGAUCAAGUGGCCAUGAAGUAUAUGCUAAGGAGAAUGUUUAUUGUACCUGUUGAACAAGUUGGAUAUACUUGUCAACGACACCACUCCCAGAACAUCUCUCAAUUGCACCACUCCUACGACUUGCCAUCAGUAGAGGGUGCAACAAAAUUGGAGGCAACAGCAGUAGAGGCUGGACUAGCAGUGGAGGUUGCAUUGGCACUAGAGGUAGCAGCAGCAUCGAAGGCAGCAACAUUGGAGGCAGCAGUAGUUGAGGCAGCAAUAGUGGAGGCUGGACCAUUAGUGGAGGCAGUAGCAGUAUUGCAGGCUGUAGCAGCAUUGGAGGCAUCACCAUCAGUGGAUUUCUACAAUACCAAAGAUGUAAUUUAUAAUUAG